AUGACAAAUUUGAUCGGCACACAAUUAAUGCGCACAUCUUCCACAUGUCAUCCACUUGCUGAAAUUGACAACGGGUAUAUUCGAACGGCUGGUGAAUUGAGAUUUGGGUCAAAUGCUGAAUACGCUUGCAAUAAAGGUUACGUACUUAUCGGUUCGUCUCAGCGUCGCUGUCAGGGCAAUCGCGAGUGGAGUGGAGCACAGCCGACGUGUCGAUUACAGAUUGCCAGUAUCGAUCGCUCCCACCUGAAAAUACCGUACGCUGUUCACGAUGGUUCGUCAUUCUCGGGUGAAUACGAUCUGGAGGCAGAGGUGUCGUACUCGUGUAUACCUGGAUAUCAUAAGUUCUCUGCAAAGGGUCUUGCUCUAGCAAAGUGUUUGCUGAACCGAAAGAAUGUGGCUCAAUGGUUUGGACCGGAUCUGAAAUGCAAAGCGCGAUCUUGUCCGGAUCCUGGAAAACUGGAGAAUGGGAUUCGAGAUGGUGAUGUGUUCGAAUACCCGCACACCGUGGUAUACCACUGCCAUCCCGGCUUUUUGCUAUUGGGUCCGUCGACGAGGAAAUGCGAAAGUAAUGGAGAAUGGUCAGAUGAGCCGCCAGUAUGCCAA